GCUGACAUGACAGAAUCCCCAAUGGCGGUUCGAUGCCCUUCGAAACAUGAUUCUUUAGAUAGCGGGGAGAUCGGUUUAAUUCCUUGUCAAGACUCCGGUAAUAAUAAUCGAUCAAUGGGAGAACCUGGCAUUGCGACCCCGCGUUUUGAGGGUAUAUGUAGGACCUCGGGGGCGGGGAACGGGUAUGGAGAUACGCAGGUCAGUAAAACAGUGCCGGAAAUCGCUAUGCGAGUUAAACGUUGGAUAUAACUCUUCCUCGAUGAGAAAUUUUGUUUAGAAUAUUCCAUAUACUCUGGCGACACCCCCGAAUAAGGAACUCUCGAAUCCAGCCGGGAAAGGGUCAUAAUCGACAUAUCCAACAUCCAGACUCUAGAGCCAUAGCUACGAUUGUCCACUAUGGCAGAUACUACCGGCAGCAAUGGGGCAACGAAAUCCUACGAUAUCCCCAAAACAUGCAAAGCGGGAGUAGUGAAUGACAUGGGACCCAACUUCUACGUGACGGUCGAAGAAGUUCCAGUUCCUGAGAUCGCGUCCGACGAAAUUCUCCUCAAGAUCAACUGCACUGGACUUUGUUACUCCGACAUCCACUAUAUGCUCAACGACUUAGGCACUGAGUUCCCGAACAUGGGUGACUUCGGAGUCCGCUCGCCAGGCCACGAGGGAGCAGGUGUAGUAGUCAAGGUUGGAGCAAACGUGUCCAACUAUAAGGUUGGGGAUCGCGCGGGUAUGAAACCAUUGAUGGACUGUUGUGGGAGCUGUGAGCUGUGUUGGGGAGAUAUGGAAACGCACUGCCCGAAAGGCGUCCAUGCAGGGUUGAUGCGACCAGGUACCUACCAAGAAUAUAUUGCGUGCCCCGCCAAAUAUCUCUCUCCCAUCCCCGACGGCGUCUCUGACAUAGUCGCCGGACCCAUCAUGUGCAGCGGCUCAACAAUGUACCGCUCGCUCACCCGCUCCCCCCUUAAGCCCGGUAACUGGGCGUGUUUCCCCGGCGGCGGUGGCGGCGUGGGGAUCCAAGGCGUGCAGCUUGCGAAAGCGAUGGGCUUCCGGCCCAUUGUCGUCGAUACCGGCGCGGAGAAGAAAGACCUCGCCCUUCAAAUGGGCGCGGAGCAUUUCGUAGAUUUCAAGGAAGUCGGGGAUGCGGCGGCGGAGGUGGUGAAGCUAACGGAUGGACUCGGCGCCCAUGGGGUAUUUGUAACUGCCCCGUUGGCGUAUCAAAACGCGAUCCCGAUGACAGGAACGCGGCCCGGUGCGGCGGUGAUGUGUAUCGGCAUUCCUCCAGCUCCGGCAGCAGAUCUUGGGGCCAACCCUCUAAAGUACAUUUUGCAAGGCCUGACCAUCAAAGGGACAGUAAUCGGGGGCAUGGAGGACACACACCAAGCGCUUCUCUUCGCCCAACGUGGUCUCCUUCAGCAGAUCUGUGAAGUGUUGCCGAUCUCGCGCAUGCCAGAGGGCGUGGAGAAGCUAAGGAAAGGACAAGUUGCGGGACGCAUUGUGAUUGACUUCAACGCAUAGGAUCAAGGGCAGCUGUAAUCGGUUGGGAGAUAUAUAGACACAUCGUAUGCAAGUCACCCGGACAAUUCAGUCGAGCAGACGGAACUCUACUAGCCAAUGACAGAUAUUGGAAAAACUGACGGAAGAAAAAAGACCGAUGGUCCACAGGCGAAUAGAAUAUGUAAAAGCCUAAACAAUGCCGC